AUGAUUUGGAAUGUUCCGGAAGAGCUCGGUGAACCCGAAUCCCCGGAUAUUGAGCCCACUGUUAAGCUGAGUGGUCAUGGGCGAAAAGUUGGUCACGUUUUAUUCCAUCCUGUCGCUGAUAAUGUGCUUGCAUCUUCAUCCGCCGAUCUCACCAUAAAACUGUGGGACAUUGAAAAGGGUCAGGAAAAACUGGAGCUUAGUGGUUUCUUGGACUUCAUACAAUCAAUGUCCUGGAGUUAUAAUGGCAGUUUGUUAGCCACGACAUGUCGUGACAAGAAACUUAGGAUUUUCGAUGUGCGCUCCAGUAAAAUUGUUCAGGAAGCUACGAGUCAUCAAGGUGUGAAAGGAUCCAGGAUUGCUUGGUUGGGUAACACCGAUCGUCUCGUGACGACCGGAUUCUCAAAGAUGAGUGACCGGCAAAUAUUUCUGUGGGAUACAACUAAUCUGGAUAAGCCAAUUAAAAGUCUGUUGCUGGACACUUCUUCUGGAGUUGUCAUGCCGUUCUAUGAUGACGAUACCAAGAUACUAGACGGAAACAUUCGGUAUUAUGAAUUUGAAAAUGAUGAAUUGUUCUUCCUAUCCGAAUAUAAGUCAUCUGAACCUCAGCGCGGCAUGUCAUUUAUGCCCAAACGCGGUGUAAAUGUUAACGAGUGUGAAAUCGCGAGGGCUUAUAAAGUGUCCAACAAUUCAGUUGAACCAAUAUCUUUUGUUGUACCGCGAAAAUCCGAAGCGUUUCAAGCCGACCUGUUCCCUCCGACUUUGAGUGAUGUGCCUGCCUUGACUGCAGAUGAAUUUUUUGGGGGAAAAAAUGCCAAUCCAAACACAAUAAGCUUGGAGAAUGGAUUUCAAGUUAAGGAGAAGAAAGAAUUCGUUAGCAGUGCGCCAAAGGAAGAAGAAAAGGAGUAUCAAGACGCAUACCAUCAACUUCGUCAAGAGAAUGAUGACCUUCGAAACCAAUUAGCGCAGAGAGACGUGACCAUCCGUGCCCUUACUAUCCAAUUAGAACAAUUGAAAAUAGGAACAUCGACUUAA